CCUAAGUUGCCAUCAUGAAGAAGAGCAAUACCGCCAACACAAUUCUGUCUUCAUUGCCGACCAGUCCGACCAUGUCGGCCCAUCACACAUACACCGGCGGCAGCAAGGCCAGCCUGCACAGCAGUCGUUCCAGCCGAUCGUCAAUAAAUCAUUCAACAGCAAAUAUCAAGAGCAAUAAAAUCGAUUUGGAAAUCGAAACGAUUUUGGAAAAGGCGAAAUUCUAUACAUCGGUUUGUUUGGGUACCACAGCCAUUUUAUCGGUUUUCACUUUUCUAUUCCUAAUACCAUUCGUUGUUGAUCCAGCAAUUUCUACGAUCAUUGCUGAUUAUGAUCCCGUACCGGUGACCUGUAUUGUCAUCGAACACAUUCAGGCUGCGGGAAUUAAGAAUUGUACCUGGAGUUCAUGUCGAGAGGGCUGUACAUCAUCGCCGAAUAAAUGUCAUCAACUGUAUGUUAAUUACACCCGAAUUCCAUUCCAUGAAUGGGAGAAAAAUCCCCGCGACUUGGAGACCGUAAUCUGGGAUGUUAGUUUUACAAGAUUUCUCAUUAACUCGGAAGGAUGUGGCUAUCCGCCAACAACGAAUUGCAGUGUUUUCGCCCAGCAGUAUGGUUUUUCACACAUUGGCGAACCAUUCCCUUGCUAUUACAGUCGUGCCUAUCCAGAGGUAGUUAUCGGUCGCUAUUCGUGGGAGAACAAUUUAGUCCAUUUGCUGUUGUCAUUGAUAAUACCGACGGUCCUGUUUGCCUUAUCGAUUGGUGUUCUCAGCUAUUGGUAUUGUCCAUGCUGUGACAAUGCCUGCAAUAAAUCGUCAAGGGUCUAUGCGGAAAAAUUCCCCACAAAGGAAGACAAACUACUGUGUCACAGUGAUGAUGAGGAUGAAAUGGAAUACUAGACACACUCACUAACACACACACAUUUAAAUAUAUAGUAAUAUAGACACGCAUAUAAAUAUAGAAUUAUAAAUAAAAUAGUUUCAUAAUUUAAUUCCCAUUACUGUUUGGUUACUUUUGUUUUUAAAAAAAUUAUAGAUUAUCGAUAAGAAAAUCUAGAAAAAUAUAUAGUUUUAUUUAAAUUAGUUAAUUAUAUAAAAUCUCAAUAUUUAUUAUAGAAAUUAUUUUAAAAUACUAAUAUUAUUUCCAUUUUAAUUUGUUAGACAUUUGUAGUAUCUAUUCUCCUUUGUGAAAUAAACUUCAUCGAUUAUUUAUAAUAAUGUUCAAAUCGAAUUGUAUUCUUAUUAACACUUUAGAAAUCGUAAUUGGAUAAAAAAUCGAAACAAAUGACAAUUAAAGAAUUUUUUUUUAAUAUUAAAAAAAAAAUACAAAAUCUACAAUGUCUCGCAAAUAUAUUUAGAGCAGAUGUUUUAGAAAUAACCCCGGAAAAGAACAUAUUUUGCGGAUUUUCCAUUUUUCCGUACUAAAAUUAAACGGCUUAAUUAAUGUACUGUGUGCAUCAUUAUCUAGAAUUAAUUUCCUCGUUUUUAAGUAUUUUAUAUACCCUCAACCAUAUGGCUCUAUAUCAGUAGCUACAGUCAAAACGUGUCUCUUCCAAAUAACUGUUUAAGACCCUAGGUCUCUUUGGACCAACUCCGUUUCAAAACAUUUGGAGUGGAUGUACGGUUGUCCGUCCGUCCGUCUGUCUGGUUGGUGGGCACGAUAACUCUAGAAGGGAGUAUACGAUUUGUUUCAAACUUGGUACAUCAUAAUAUUAUUAUCAAUCUUACACCGAGUUUGAACAUGGGCAAUAUCGGUCCAUUCCUUUUGGUACCUUCCCCAAAAAAGGUCAAACUUUACACGAAAAAAAAAAUAAAGAAAAAAAUUGAAGGCAUCGUCCAAACCUUGCAAAUCCUAAUAUUUUUAUUAGCGCUGGUGCGAAAAUGGACAUUAUCGCACCAUUCUAUCAAGUUACACACCCACAAAAGGGUCAACAUUUUGAAUAAUUAUAACUUCUAUAAAAUGUGAAAUAAGUGUCUGAUUGUUUUCAAAUUUCAAACAUCUCGACAUUUCUACCGACAAAACAUAACAGGUCAAUAUUUUGAAUAAUUAUAUCUCUCAUAAAAUAUGAAAUAUGUAUCCAAUUUUCUUCAAAUGUCACAAUUUCUCAUAACAGAAGAUUUGCUGGAAAUGAAAUUUAUCAGCCUAUUCCUUCUGGGGCCUCCCCCACAAAGUGCGAAAUAAAAAUCCGAUUCUCUAGGGAGCUAAAAUUAGGGACACGAAAAUCUACUUUUUUCGACUUUUGGCAUUAUUUUGAAAUUGAUUAGUCGGCUUUUGGCGUCAAAAGUCUAAAGCAGGAUGAGCCGACACAAUCACAGUUUUGUACAGACCUGAAGAGUAUACUCCAUACAAAAUCCCACUCUUCGAGCAAUUCCAUUUGCGAGCAGAUUUGUGCUAUAAUUUUGUUUAAAAACUGACCAUCGAUCAGUAAACCAGUCGUGUACAUCAGCAUCAACUGGUUUCGCUGUCGAAUUUUCAUCUCUUGCUUCAAAGUUGUUAAUCAAAUUUUUUAUUUUUAUAUGAGCCAAAUAAUAUGCGACGAACUUGUCUACCCAAGAGUUGAAAAAUCUAUCUUAUCAUCUAUACCUCAAAAAAUCUGAAAUAAAAAUUAGCUUAAGUCGAAAAUCAAGCAAAAUAAGACGUUUUCGACUUUUAAUUGAAGUUAACAUUCAUAAAGCCAGCUUUUGUUUUCGUCUAAAACAACAAUCACAUGUAGACGUUUAGUGGCGAUAAAGACUCCUUGGGGUUGUUGUUUUAUCGAAGACGUGUAAUAUAGAAUACCACCUAGCGCGACAAUUCAGCUUUGCCUUUAAGAAGCCAAUAUUUGGCUUUGGUCAGAUUUUCGAGAUAAGAUCACAAAUAAAGACCAUUUUGCUUUUAAAUAAAUAAAUCAAACUUUGAUAAAAAAAAUUAAAUAAACAGGUAAUGGAAACCGGGCAAUAAAAUUUGAAAGAAAUGCCUAUUUUAGUCAACUAUUUUGAAGGGGCUGGAAAUAUAUAUGGUCUGUUCCAGAACUGCAAAAAUGCAAAAGUUUUUACUAUGAUAACCGAUUUUCCAAUUAUGAUAUCGAAACAUAUUGCAAAACUAGUAGAUUCUUGCAAGUUCUGGAACAGAAAAUUACUGUUGAAUGGCUUCCCAGCUAUAAUUUUCUCAUUGUCAAAAUAAGGAUUUAUUGAAUACAAUAUGACGGUCGCAACAACUUGCAAAACAUCAUCCUAACCCCCAUUUUAAAAUGUAUGUGUCAUCGGAAGUAGGUACUUAUCAAAAUGGCCAAUAUCCAAUAAAAAAAAAAAAUAAAAAAUAACAGCCGAUGUAGAACUUUGGAGUUGUACUUGUGUUUUAUUUUAGCCUUAUGCUAUUUCGAAAAUUUUACUUCCAGCUCAUGUUUUUCCAAUAGGAGUACUCCCGAACUCUCCCACAUAAACUAAAAUAAUGGUGAGUUAAUUGCUUGUAAAACUCGUUCUCUUGGAGAACUCUUACUUGCGAGCAAGUAAAAUCUGAGCUUUGGUCAUAAUUAUAAACCGAUCAACACGAUACAAUAUUUUUUUUUUUUUGUCCAGCCUAUUAGUAUAAAUCACUAUGUUCAUUCAUUUAAGAGGAAUUUUUGAUCAUAUAACAAAACGCGUAGUAUUUGCCAAAUAUGGAUGGAUUUGCGCAAAGCUUUUAAAUUUUGAUAGUUAUGCCAAUACACCAAGCAAAAAAAAAACUUUCUUCGAUUUCACUAUUGUGUUAAUAAGAAUAACAAAAUUGAUGUAAUUUUAGUCAAUAAUAUUUCAAUAACAUGCAUUAAUUUUCGCCGUUUUUUAAGAAAAUUAGAGAGCAUAGUUUCAUACAAAAUUAGAUAAAUUGUAAACAAUUAUAAAACCCUUUUAAACAAAAAAAAAAAAAUGGAAAAUUGUGAUAUACAUGUUUUAGUUGUGUAAUAAGUUAAUGAAACAAAAAUUUAAAAAAAACAUUCGUUCAUCAAAAAAUGCUAUCAACAACACACUUGAAAAUUUAUGUACUAAAAUACAUUGUAUUAGUCAAAUACAUACAUAUAUUUAUUUAUUUUCUUUGUUUUUUUUUUAUUUUUAAAUCAUGCUGAAUACAUCAUAACCAUUAUUACUAAGUAUAUUAAAAGAAAUAAAGUAAAUACAAAACAUUUGUACAAACUAAAUAAAUAAAAAACAAAAAAAGGCAUCACCCAAAUAACAUUAAUUAAUAUACCAAAGAACAAGAAGAGGCAAUUUCUAAAUGAAAGACAAAAAAUAUAUAAAUAAAAUAAAAAAAUAAAUAAAUCCAUAACAGGUUAAAAAAAAAACAACGUUAUUGCCUUCCUUCCGCUUAGCUCUAUCUAAGAGAACUAAUUUUACAUAGAAUAAUAAAAUGACUAUUCUUUGUCUGAAUAAAACAUUUUGAUUGCUUUUAUCAACAAUGGAAACAUGCAACUCAUUUCAGAUAAUAAUUAUUAUUAUUAUUAUUAUUGUUAAGAGGAAUAACAAAACUAUUUACAUACAUUCAGAUAGACAUAUAACAAUAUUGCACAUUUUAUUUUAACUAUUCAUUAAUUUUUUCUUCUGACCUCUAAUACAAAUCAGCAACUAAGACAUACCGAUUCAUACAAUAAAUGGUUUAAUGUUUUUAUGGACAAAACUUAAUAAAAUAUUACUUUGAACAAUGU